AUGGCCAAAGCCCCCUCCAUCGAGGUAAACAACCUCACCUACUCCUUCGCCGACUCCUCCCUAGGCGUCCACGACAUCACACUCUCCCUACCCCCACGGUCCCGCACGCUGCUGAUCGGCGCCAACGGCGCGGGGAAAACGACCCUCCUCCGCCUCCUCGCGGGCAAGCGCCUCGCCCCCUCUGGCGCCAUCUCGGUGUCGGGCGUGGACCCGUUCAAGGACGGGCUGGAGGGCGUGACGUACCUGGGGCUGGAGUGGGUGCUGAACCCAAUCGUGCGCACCGACAUCGGGGUGGUCGAGCUGCUGCGGUCCGUGGGCGGCGACCACUACCCGGAGCGGCGCGACGAGCUGGUGCGGGUGCUGGACAUUGACGAGGCGUGGCGGAUGAGCGCCGUGUCCGACGGCGAGAGGCGCAGGGUGCAGCUGGCCAUGGGCCUGGUGCGGCCGUGGACCGUGCUGCUGCUCGACGAGAUCACGGUCGACCUCGACGUCCUGUCGCGCGCCGAGUUCCUGGCGUGGCUCAAGGGGGAGACGGAGAGCCGCGAGUGCACCAUCGUCUACGCGACGCACAUCCUCGACAACCUCGCCGGCUGGCCGACGCACCUCGUCCACAUGCACAUGGGCGGCGUGAGGGAGUGGGACACCACCGACAAGUUCCUCAGCAGGCUCGAGGGGGACACGGGCAACUCGCGGCUCGGGGAGCUGGUCCUGGGCUGGCUGAGGGACGACCUCAAGGACAGGGGCCCGCGCAGCCAGAACCGGAGGGCGCCGGAGGGCAAGACUUAUGGUAUGGGGGGUGCCGAGCUGGGCGGAUAUGGGCUGGAGGCCAGGAAGUAG